GCCCCAGCCCCAUGGCGGCCGAGCUGGACCCCAUGGAGCACAACAACAACAACCCUGGUCCAUGGGAGGACCCCUCGGGCCCAGCCAAGCUCUUCGAGUGCUCCCGCAUCAAAGCCCUGGCAGACGAGCGCGAGGCUGUGCAGAAGAAAACCUUCACCAAGUGGUUGAACUCUCACCUCGCUCGCGCCUCCUGCCGCGUGGGUGACCUCUACUGUGACCUCCGCGACGGCUUCGUCCUCACGCGCCUGCUCGAGGUCCUGUCCGGGGAGCAGCUGCCGAGGCCGACGCGAGGCCGGAUGCGCAUCCACUCGCUGGAGAACGUGGACAAGGCUCUUCAGUUCCUCAAGGAGCAGCGCGUGCACCUGGAGAACGUCGGUUCCCAUGACAUCGUGGACGGGAACCACCGCCUGACCCUGGGGCUCAUCUGGACCAUCAUCCUCCGCUUCCAGAUCCAGGUCAUCAGGAUCAAGACCGAGGACAACCGUGAGACGCGAUCGGCCAAGGAUGCUCUGCUGCUCUGGUGCCAGAUGAAGACAGCAGGUUACCCCGAGGUGAACAUCCAGAACUUCACCACCAGCUGGAGGGAUGGUUUGGCCUUCAACGCCCUCAUCCACAAGCACAGGCCAGACCUCAUUGACUUCCAUAAGCUCACCAAGUCCAAUGCUACCUUCAACCUGCAACAAGCCUUCAACACUGCAGAGCAGCAUCUGGGGCUCAGCAAGCUCCUGGACCCCGAGGAUGUGAACAUGGAGGACCCCGAUGAGAAGUCCAUCAUCACCUAUGUGGUGUCCUUCUACCAUUACUUCUCCAAGAUGAAGGCAUUGGCAGUGGAAGGGAAGCGCAUUGGGAAGGUCCUGGACCAGGCCAUGGAGAUCGAGUCCAUCAUUGAGCACUAUGAGUCUCUGGCUGCAGCUCUGCUGUCCUGGACCCACCAAACCAUCUCCAUCAUCGGCACCCACAAGUUUGCCAACUCCUUGGCCGGGGUCCAGCAGCAGCUCCAGGCGUUCACCACCUUCUGCACCAUGGAGAAGCCGCUCAAGUUCCAGGACAAGGGGAACCUGGAGGUGCUGCUGUUCAGUAUCCAGAGCAAGCUCCGUGCUACCGACCGCAGGCUCUAUGUGCCCAGCGAGGGCAGGAGCAUCGCGGACAUCAAUAAGGCCUGGAGCUGCCUGGAGAAGGCCGAGCACGAGCGGGAGGUUGGGCUGCGCCGGGAGCUCAUCCGCCAGGAGAAGCUGGAGCUGUUGGCUCAACGCUUCGACCAUAAGGUGGCCAUGAGGGAGGCCUGGCUGCAGGAGAACCAGCGCCUGGUGUCACAGGACAACUUUGGCUAUGACCUGCCCGCGGUGGAGGCCGCCAUGAAGAAGCAUGAGGCCAUUGAGGCCGACAUCUCCUCGUACCACGAGCGCAUCCAGGCGGUGGCGGAGCUGGCGCUGGAGGUGGCGGCCGGCGGCUACCACGACGCGCGGCGCGUCCUGGCGCACAAGGACAACGUCCUGCGCCAAUGGGCGCUGCUGGCAGAGCUGCUCCGCGCCCGGCGCCGGCGCCUGCACCAGAACCUGGCGCUGCAGAGGGUGUUCCAGGAGAUGGUGCAUAUGAUUGACUGGAUGGAGGAGAUGCAGGCUCUGCUGCUGUCCAAGGAGCUGGGCAAGCACCUGCUGGAGGUGGAGCAUCUGCUGCAGGAGCAGACGCUGCUGGAGGCUGAUAUCAGUGCCCAGGCUGAGCGGGUGCAGGCGCUCAAUGCAGCUGCGCUCACCUUCACUGAGCUUGAGGGCUACCAACCCUGCGACCCUCAGGUGAUCUGCAACCGUGUGCAGCACGUUGAGCACUGCCUGCAGGAGCUGAGGGCGCUGGUGUCGCGGCGGCGCCGGGACCUGGAGGCCUCGCGCCAGCUCUGGGCCUUCCACCAGGAGAUGGAGGAGGCCGAGGCCUGGAUCCGGGACAAGGAGCGGGUCCUGAGCACCAAACGGUGCGGCCGGGACCUGAGCAGUGUCCUGGCGCUCACCAAGAAGCACCAGAGCCUCCUGGGGGAGCUCGGGGGGCGCCGGGCGAUGCUGCACCAGAGCAUGCAGAGGGGAGAGCGGCUCUUGGCUGCCGACGGCGCCGGAGCCGGUGCCGGCAUCCAGGAUAAGACCCGUGCGGUUUGGCUGCGGUGGAAGAAGCUGGAGGAGGCUGUUGGGUUGCACCAGCAGCGGCUACACGAGGCUAUGGCCUAUUUCCAGUUCAGUGCCGACACCGACGAUCUGGUCGCCUGGUUACAGGACACUUACCGCGUGGCAUCGAGCGACGACUUCGGCCACGACGAGCACUCGAGCCUGGCGCUGCUCCGGCAGCACCGCGGGCUCCUGGCGCAGGUGGACGAGCACCGCGGGGCCGUGGCCGCUCUGCGCCGGCACAUGGCGCGGCUGGGCCCGGAGCACCGGCGCGCCGUGGACGUGCAGAUCCGCGUGGUGGAGGUGGAGCAGCUCUAUGGGGAGGUGGUGGAGGUGGCUGUGAUGCGGCAGCAAUGGCUCCAGGAUGCGCUGGCCGUGUAUAGGAUGUUCGGGGAGGUCCAUGCGUGUGAGAUGUGGUUGGAGGAGAAGGAGCAAUGGUUGCAAGCGGUGGUGGUGCCGGAGGAGCUGGAUGAGGUGGAGGUGGUGCAGCACAGGUGGGUUAUGGCACAGAGCGAGCGCCGGAUGGUGCCGGCUCCAUCACCAAACCAAAACCAACACCAGGCUCCAUGCUGCAGGUUCGAGAGCCUGGACCAGGAGAUGAACAGUGUCAUGGGCAGGAUACUGGAUGUUAACCAGGUGGUGGAGCAGUUGGUGGAUGGGGGACAUCCCAGUGCCGAGGAGGUGCGAGCGUGCCAGGACCACCUCAACAGCAGAUGGAACCGUGUGGUGGAGCUGGUGGAGACCAAGAAGUCCCAACUGAGCCAAGCUCUGUGCAUCCAGAACCACCUCCUGGAGUGCGCCGAGCUCAAGGCCCAUGUGCGCGACAAGCGCCGAGCCCUCGAUGCCGCGCACAACGGUGAUGGUGACACCGGUUACGGCAACGUCGGCGGCCUCGAGGCCCUGCAGCGGCGCCUCGCCACCAUGGAGGCAGCGCUGGCGGUGCUGGAGCCGCGGCUGCUGGCACUGCAGCACCAAGGGGAGGACUUGGCCGCGGCGCAACCGGAGCGGGCGCUGGAGCUGUUGGUGCCGUCCCAGGAGAUCCGCGAGGAAUGGGCCUCGCUCUGGCGCGAGCUCCGCGGGUGCCAGGACUCGGUGAGCGUCGCCGGGAGGCUCCAGAGCUUCAUCCAGGACAUGGACACGUUCCUGGCGUGGUUGGUGCGGAGCAGGGAGGCUCUGGGCGCCGAGGCCGAGCCGGAGAGCGUGGCCGAGGCUGAGGCGAGGCUGAGCCGGCACCAGGCGCUCAAGGAGGAGAUGGAGACGCGGCGCCGGGACUAUGAGCGCAUCCGGAUGGCCAGCGAGGGGCUGGACAUGGAGGCCACCGGCGUAGCCGAGGUUGUGCCGCGGCAAUGGCUGCAGAAGCUGGAUGCCGGAUGGGCAGAGCUGAUGAGGGGAUGGGAGGCGCGUCGGGAAGAGCUGAUCCAGGCACAUGGGGUCCAGGUCUUCCUGAGGGAUGUGCGGAGGUGUGAGAGCAUCCUUGGGAAUCAGGAGUCAGCACUGACGAGCACGGAGCUGCCGCGCUCCGUUGAAGGCAUCUCCAUUGCCAUCCGGCAGCACCGAGACUUCGGCACCGCCAUGGAGCUGCACAUGGAGCGGGUGCGAGAGGCUCUGCAGGCUGGGGAGCGGCUCCAGCGCCAGGGCGGCCGCUAUGGCGAGCGCGUGGCCGAGGCCAUGGAGCGGCUCCGAGACAAGAGCCAAAGGAACCGGGAGCUGGCGCAGGAGAGGGCGCGGAGACUCCAGGAGGAGAUGGAGAUGCAGGUGUUCCUGCAGGAAUGCCAACAGGUGGAUGAGUGGAUGCAGGAGAAGGUGCUGAUGUCGGGGGACCCCCCCCGGGACCCCCCCCGGCCCUGGAUGAGGCAGCAGAGCCUCCUGAGUGAGCUGGCGCAGAGCAAAGAGUGGCUGGAGAAGAUCGAGAAGGAGGGGGCGGCGCUGCUGGAGGCGCACCCGGAGCGCGCGGCCGCGGUGGGCGGGGCCCUGGCGGAGCUGCGGCUGCGGUGGGCGGAGCUUGAGGCCUCGAGCCGGGGGCGGAGCCAGCGCGAGAACGAGGCUGCGGCGGCCGCGCGCCUGGCGCGGAGCUGCGCGGCCCUGGAGCAGCGGCUGGGGCGGCUCGAGCGGCGCCUGCGCACUGAGGAGCACCCGGCGGACAUGGGGGGGGUCCGCAGGGAGCUGCAGAGGCUGCAGACGAUGGAGUCGCAGGUGCAGGAGUGGUGCCAGGAGGUGGGUCAGCUGCAGGCAGCGGCUGCGGCGCUACCGGCACCGGCGGCGGCCGAGCUCCCGACCGCGGUUGGGACCCGGAUCGUGAGGCUCAUUGAGCCCCUCAAGGAGAGGAGACGGAUCCUGCUGGCGACCAAGGAGCUGCAUCAGCUGAGCCAUGAGCUGGAGGAUGAGAUGAUCUGGGUGCAGGACCGCCUGCCCCUGGCCAUGCUGAAGGAGCAGGGCACCAACCUGCAGACAGUGCAGCAGUUCAUCAAGAAGAACCAGACCCUCCGCCGUGAGCUCCAGUCUCACUCCCCGCGCAUGGCAGAGCUCCUGGAGCGCGCGGGUGCUGCCGGAGCCGCCGGCAGCGCCGAGGCCGAGCCCGUGCGGCGGCUCCGCGAGCGCCUGAGCUCCGCGUGGCAGCAGCUGCAGGAGCAGGCGGAGCGCAGGCAGCGCUCGCUCGAUGCCGCGUUCCAGCUCCAGCGCUACCAGAGCGACGUGGCCGAGGUGGAGGCUUGGCUGGGGGAGCAGGAGCUGCUGCUCAUGAGUGAUGAUAGCGGAAAGGACGAGCAGAGCACCCUCCAGCUCCUCAAGAAGCACCUCCUGACCGAGCAGACAGUGGAGAACUAUGAGGAAACCAUCGCUCAGCUCUCGCGCCAGUGCCGGGCCCUGCUGGAACUGGGACACCCCCAAAGCGAACAGGUCAGCAGGCGGCAGUCGCAGGUUGACCGGCUGUACGUGUCUCUGAAGGAGCUGGUGGAGGAGCGCAAGGCUAAGCUGGAGCAGCAGUACUGGCUCUACCAGCUCAACCGCGAGGUGGAUGAACUGGAGCAGUGGAUCGCGGAGAAGGAGGUGGUGGCCGGAUCACCGGAGCUGGGGCAGGACUAUGAGCACGUCACUCUCCUGCAGGAGAAGUUCCUGGAGUUCGCCAGCGAGACAGGCAGUGUGGGCCAGGAGCGCAUCUCUGCCCUCAACCAGAUGGUGGACGAGCUCAUCGACUACGGCCACGCCAGCGCCGCCACCAUCGCCGAAUGGAAGGACGGCGUCAACGAGGCCUGGGCCGAGCUCCUGGAGCUGAUGGAGACUCGUGCGCAGCUCCUGGCGGCCUCCCUGGAGCUCCACCGCUUCUUCCGCGAGUGCCACGAGCUGGGGGCGCAGGUGGCGGAGCAGCGGCAGCGGUUGGCGGUGGGCGCCAAUGGCGGUGCCGGAGCCGCCAUCGCGGUGCAGCGGGCGCUGAGCGCCGCGGAGCGCGAGCUGGAGGCGCUGGCGCAGCGCGUGCGGCGGCUGCAGGAGGCGGCGGCUCAGCUGCGCACGCUCUAUGCCGGGGACAAGGCCGAGGCCAUCGCGGAGCGCGAGCGGGAGGUGGUGGGCGCCUGGGUGGAGCUGGUGGGCGCGUGCCAGCGGUGCCGCGCGCACGCCGAUGGCGUCGCCGAGCGCGGCCGGUUCACCGCAGCCGCCAGGGACAUCCUGGAGUGGAUGGAGGGAGUCCUGGUGCAGAUGGGAGCAGGGGAGAAACCAAGGGACGUGUCCUCAGUGGAGCUGCUGAUGAGCGACCACCAAAGCCUCAAGACCGAGAUCGAAGCCAGAGCCCAGAGCAUCUCGAGCUGCCUGGAGCUGGGCAAGAGCCUCAUCCUCAGCAAGAGCCCCGGGGCCGACGAGAUCAAAGCCCAAGUGGAGAAGCUGCUCACAAAGAAGAAGGAGGUGCUGGAGAUGUGGGACAAGCACUGGGAAUGGCUGCAGCAGAUGCUGGAGGUUCACCAGUUCGCCCAGGAGGCCGUGGUGGCCGACGCGUGGUUGACGGCGCAGGAGCCGCUGCUCCGGAGCCAGGAGCUGGGCAGCAGCGUGGAUGAGGUUGAGCAUCUCAUCCGGCGCCAUGAGGCUUUCCGCAAGGCAGCAGCUGCCUGGGAGGAGAAGUUCAGCUCCUUGAGGAGGCUCACGACGCUCGAGAAGCUUCGCGCUGAGCAGACCAAGCAGCCCCCAACCCCUCUCCUGAGCCGCAAGUUCCCGGGGGAGCCCCCGGGGGCCCCAACAGCACCGGGACCAGAACCGGGAUCGGGAUCAGCACCGGGAUCUGGACCGGGAUCGGGAUUGGGAUCAGCACCAGGAUCAGCACCGGGAUCGGGAUUGGGACAAGGACUGGGAUUGGGAUUGGGAUCAGCACCGGGAUCGGGAUCAGCACCAGGAUCAGCACCGGGACCGGAGCCGCGCGUGGGGCUCGUGCGCCAGGAGCUGCGCCCCGAGCGGCUGCAGCCGCAGCGGGAUCGGGUCCAUGGCCCGGGGGGGGCUCCGGAGCCGCCUCCCCCCAUGGACCCCCCCACAGCAGAGCCUGAGGCUGCGGCCGAGACCCGUCCAGGGCUCCUGGAGCGGAGACGGGAGCGGAGGGAGAGGCGCUUGGAACGGCAGGAAUCCAGUGAACCAGAGCACAGACCUGAUGGGAAGGGUAAAGCCACCCUGGCUGACAUUGUGGAGCAGCUGCAGGAGAAGGAAGCCGGAGGCCCCACACCAGCCUCGCCCCGUGACCGUGACCCCCCCCGCGUGCCCCCCGGUGCUGAGGCUCUACCGGAUCGCCCCCCCCGUCCGGACCGACCCCGUGCCCGUGACCGACCCCGACCCCGGCGACGACCCCGACCCAAGGACCCAGGCACCGGAGAACCGCGGCGCUCGCGGUCGGCACCGGCACAAGGCACCGGAGCCGCAGCCCCCCCGGCCCCCCCCACACACACCGUGACCCACGAGGGCUUCCUGCUGCGCAAGCAUGAGCAGGAUGGGGCCAAGAAGGCAUCUAAUAGGUCCUGGGUGAACCUGUACUGUGUGCUGAGCAAGGGGGACCUGGGGUUCUACAAGGACGCCAAGGGCCCCCCCUCGGGCAGCACCUAUGGGGGGGAGCCCCUGCUCAGCCUGCACCGAGCGUCCUGCGACGUGGCCACCGACUACAAGAAGAAGAAGAAUGUGUUCAAGCUGAGGACCAGUGAUGGGAGCGAGUUCCUGCUGCAGGCCAAGGAUGAGGAGGACAUGCGCAGUUGGCUGCGCGCUCUCGCCGCCAGUACCCAGGAGCACCAGGAGGUGGCGCGCUGGCACCAGACCCUCACCACCUCCUCCACCGACGAGGGCGCCCCCAGGCGGCCCGGAGGCCCCGCCCGCCGGAAGUGACCCCCCAUAGGGAGCCCCAUAGGGACCCUCAAUGGGGACCCCAUAUAGAGACCCAUCAAUGGGGAACCCAUAGAGACCCUUCAAUGGGGACCCCCCAUAGGGACCCCCAUAGGGACCCUCAAAGGGGACCCCCUAUAGAGACCCCUCAAUGGGGAUCCCCACAGGGACCCCUCAAUGGGGACCCCUAUAGAGACAACUCAAUGGGGACCCCCCCACAGGGACACCCCCAUAGGGACCCCCUCUAGGGACUGUUCAAUGGGGACUCCCUCAUAAGGACCCCUCAAUGGGGACCCCCCUACGGACCCCCCCCCCCCCCAUAGGGACCCCUAUAGGGACCCUUCAGUGGGGACCCCCUAUAAGGACCGUUAAAUGGGGACCCCCCCAUAGGGACUCCCCCAUAGGGACCCCCCAAUGGGGACCCCCAUACGGACCCCCCAUAGGCACCCCCCUAUAGAGACCUCUCAAUGGGGACCCCCCAUAGGGUCUGGGAUGGGGGGGGGGGUGAGUGGGGCUUUGGGGAUCCCCCCUUUGUGACCCAUAUGUGGGGGGGGGGGUGUGAAAUGGGGCGCCCCCCCCAAUUCCCCCCCCCGUACUCGUGGGGUCCCCUUUUCCCAUGCACAAGCCAUAGAACGGGGGGGGGGUGUCCCCAUCACUUGAGGGGGGGGGACACACACAGAGCCAUUGGGGGGGGGCAGAGGUUGUAUUUGUAUAGAAUGUACCAAAAAGCAGGAAAAUAACCCCAAAAUCCCAUCCCCCCCCCCCCCAAGCACCGCUGUGACUGUAUAGAUGUAAUAAACCCCUCUGCACCCCCCGCACCCCAAUA